AUGAUUACACAUCUGUCACAAUCCACGGGCAUAAGUUGUCAGACAAUCAGCAAAACUAUUGCCGAAUACAAUAAAACGAAAACUGUUAGUUAUCUAAACAAAAGGAGCUCUAGGACAUCUCUCUUUUGUAAUAUCGACGAUUUAGAUCAUAAUGAAUUACGAAAAAAGGUCCAUUCUAUUUGGUUGCGUCGUGAACUACCGACUUUUGACAAAAUAUUAGUUGAAGUGAACCAAGAUCUAUCGCUUCCUAACUUCAAAAGUUCAGGUAUGUACAAUAUCAUUGAAAAACUGGAUUUCAUAUUCACUAAAAUAAAAAAGUGCAGUGUGUUGACUGAGAGGGAAGACUUGAUUGCAUGGCGUCGCAACUACUUAUACGACAUCCGAAAAUAUCGGGAGGAAGGUCGAUCAAUCUACUAUUUAGACGAGGUCUGGUUAAACUUCUCUGAUUGUGUGGACCGCACGAGUAUCAACAAAACAGUUCAUUCCAAACAUGAUGCGUUUGACAAAGGUUUUGCGUUUGGCCUGGGAAAACGAUUGAUUAUGAUACACAUUGGUUCAGACAAAGGAUUUUUGCCAGAAGGGCUAUUUAUAUGUUUCGAGUCCAAAAAACAAAACGUCGAUUACCGUAAUGAAAUGAAUGGUGAUAAUUUUAAAGAGUGGUUUGAGUAUAUACUCCCUCAACUUGAUCCAAAUUCUAUUAUUGUUAUGGAUAACGCACCAUACCAUUCAGUCAAAGCCGAACUAUAUCCGACUGCAAGCUCAAAAAAAUCAGAAAUAUUGAAGUGGCUCAAUUUAAAAGGUGUCACUUUCGAUAGACCUAUGUUGAAGGCUCAACUGCUGAUUAGAGUUCAUGAAUUAAAACCUCACAAUAAUAAUUUAUACAUUAUCGACAAUAUGGCAAAAGACGCAGGGCACACUGUACUCCGAUUACCACCCUAUCACUGCGAAUUGAAUCCAAUUGAAUUAGCAUGGACUAUGGUAAAAGGCUACAUGAAACAGGAGAAUACUGCCACAUUUGAGAUUGACGACGUCCGCCUGCUUCUCAAUAGAGGGAUUGAACGAGUAACGCCAGAAAAUUGGAAAAAUUUCAUUAAACAAGUAAUUGAGGAAGAGAAUAAAUUGUGGGAAGUCGACAACAUCAUGGAUAAACUGAUUGAUGAAAUGAAACCAUGUACCUAUGCACAUAAUGACGGGAGAAACUUCUUAUGA